AUGAUAGUGGAUUUGGUCAGCGCUGCACGUCAAGCAAAUUGGGAGAAUGCUCGUGAUUUAUUAUAUCGUCACUGGGGUUCUGAAUGCCCAAAACUUUACGCACCCAAUCCAGACCAUCCUUGGGAAAUAGCACAGGAUGACAAGGAUAUAAAUAAGGCAUUGUUUGUGCCGUUGGCUGGUGCAUUCUGUGCAGAUUCUGCUGUUACGGACUCAUCCCUUCGUCCAUUGAUAGAGAAGACCGGCCUUUCGGCUGAAACGCGGCGGCCUGGUCAAAUAUGUGGACAUGUGUUCAAGAAUGGAGAGCUUACAUAUAGUUGCAAGGUUUCAUAA